AUGGAUCAUACUGCAGCCGUGAAAGAAAUAUCAGAACGGGUUGCCGACUUCCACAGUCGCCAGCAACCGUUUCGUAUACAUCAUGGUGCCACCAACAGCACUCGACCCUCCAACCGAUCGCUCUCCAAUACGGUCAGCACAGAGCCUCCCACCCGCAUCCUCGAGAUCGACGUCAACCGAUGUACAGCUAUAGUCGAGCCUAAUGUCUCUAUGGGUGCUCUGGUGGCUGCCACAAAGGCCCAUGGCUUGGUCCCUUUGGUGGUUGUCGAGUUCCCAACCAUCUCGGUUGUCAAUUGGAUCGAAGUGGUCCUGGCAGAUGGUCAGGUGGUAAAGGCAUGCAACGACCGCGUCGAAACCAGUUCGGAACUGGCGGACAAACAUUCGGACUUGUUCUGGGGCACUGCGUCUUCCUUUGGCACCUUGGGAGUGGUCACCCUAUUGGAAAUUCAAUUGAAAAAGUCACAGCCAUUGGUGGAACUGAAAUACUACGUCACUUCCAACAUGAAGGAUGCGGUGCGCACCUUUGAAGAGGCUAGCGCUGAUCCAAGCACUGAGUAUCUGGACGGUAUAGUCUAUGCACGGGACAAAAUCGUUAUCAACAUCUCCGACCGAGAGAGUUCACCUCACAUACCAGAUGCAGUGGACUACAUUCCUCUCACUGACUAUCUUUUCCGUUAUGAUCGAGGUGGUUUCUGGGUUGCCCGUUAUGCUUUUCACUACUUCUGUGUUCCAUUCACCUUCUUUACCCGCUGGCUUCUCAACCGAUUUAUGCACACCCAGGUCAUGUAUCACGCCCUACACGUCAGCGGGCUUGCGCGUCGAUGUAUCAUCCAAGAUGUCGGUGUACCAACAUCCACUGCUGCCGAGUUUCUGGACUGGCUGGACCACCCUGAAAACUUUGGACAAUAUCCGCUUUGGCUCUGUCCGCUACUACCAGGAAGUGCCGGAGGGUUGGAAGGAGCGUCGACUGAUGACGCCAAGGGAGUCAAUAGGACCCAACUCCUCAAUUUUGGAAUCUGGGGGCCUGCUGCUACCACGGAUCAGGCCGGAUUCGUGGCUCAAAAUCGACAGCUUGAACACAAAGUUCACAAUCUAGGUGGGAAGAAAUGGCUACAUGCACAUACUUACUAUACAGAAGACGAGUUUUGGAACAUCUACAACAAGCUGGGUUAUGGUUCUCUACGGGCAAAGUACCAUGCACAGCAUCUUCCAUCGCUGUAUGAGAAGGUCCGAAUGCGCGAAUCCGAUCUCCCUAGUCCGCACCGGGGAGAGUUCGAGAGUGGGUGGAAGGGAUCGGUAAAGCGUGCUCUUUGGGACGUCUGGCCAUUUUGCGGUCUUUAUGGGGUUUACAAGGCCUGGAGAGGAGGAGACUAUCUAUUGCAAAAAGAGAUUCUCAAGAAGAAGACCGAUUGA